UGGGGCUUUUCCAUCUGGGUAGGUGGUGCCGCCCUUGAGACUCUUAAACUUGUUUGGCAGCAAAAUGGACCAUUGUUGUCUUGGUUUUGCACUUGUUUGCAAGCCGAGCUAUUUCCAUGCUACCAAACAUGACUUCCAAAUUGCAAUUCCUGCUGUCUGCCAAAGGGGCUAAUAAGUCCUGCUCUCACCUUUCCUUCUUGCCUGGGUAAAUUACAAAUGACCAUGGCAGGAGCUGACUCAGCUGAUGCCUGGCUGCAGUGUCUGACUGUUCCAGGAAUAGUCUUUAUUUGUUACCCUAAUACAGGAAAGCACGACCCGGUAAUUUAUGACAGAUCACAGAUCCAAAGAAAGGAAUUUGAAAAUGUCACCAACUUUAUUAACAGCCAUCUCUGUGGCCACCUUCAGGUCAGAUCAGAGACUGUGCAUGGCUUAACAACUGAAUCCACAUUGCCCCAGGAGGGGCAGAAAGGUGUGUCUUGUCACAGUACUGUUAAGGGUAGAGGUGUCUGUCUUCUAGGUUCCUUGUCCAGGGUCCAGUGGGCAUUUCCACAGUGCCAGAAGAACACUCAUAUACCUCAUAAAAAAUAGGGAUUUUUGAAGACCACAAAAGCCAGAUGGAUUAUUUUUUUAUUAAUAAUUUUUGUCAUGGACUGAACUGAACCUGGACUAGCAUGGAUUAUUUUAAAAAAUCAUGAUGUGUCUGAAUACUUACUGGUUUUGGCUAGAGGAGUAGCUCAGGUAAAGUAGUAGUUAGACCAGUGAUUUGUAAUGUGUUUAGCCAGCAUUGUAAUUAGUGCUAUUGGAGGGCAUAAUGAAGAGUGGCUCAAAACCUGAAUGUCUGGGCUGCUUGAAAGGUCAUGGGAACCGAAGCUGAGGAUUAAUUCAAGAGGAAUAUACUUAAUUACUUUGAAUACAAAAUCACUGUAGAACAGAGAUAUAAAGUUACCCUUGUAACUUUUCCUAAAUAAUUUUCUAUAACAGGUCUCUUUUACACCUUGAUUAUAAGAGCAGUGUAAAAAUUUGAAGGUUUUAAUUAGCUGAUAGUUCAGAAGAAAUGUUUCAUUUUCACAUUUAUAUUCAUUUUGAUGAAUACCACUCACUGACAGAACAAAAACACAUUCCAAAAUCUGAUAUGCUCUCUCUGUGAAUUAAUAUGCAAUAUUACGUAUUUUUAAAAACAUCUGAGAUUAACAUUUUCACUUUUGCUGUAAAAAUGUAUUGUUGAAAUAGUGAAAUAGUUACUAAUUGUGGUUUUCAACAUUAGAUAAUGUGUGAUCCUUAUUCUGGCCAUGGGAAAUAAUUUGUUCAGUGUGAUGGUACUAUUGGAAUAUUUUAAUCCAAAAGAAAUAUCAGUCUUUCAACACCCAUUAAAGUGAGUGCUAGUAAUUCCAGUACUUUCCUUUGGGAGGUUUUAAAGGUUUGGUGAACUAGGUGGGAGUUAUGACUUGUUUGGGAUAGAGGCAGGAUCAAGUUUCUUCUUUGAGAGCAAGUGUUGGCCAUGGAAGCCCUUUGACCCCUCUGUGGUUCUGCCAACAUCUCAGUCCCCUUGAUUUGUUGCUAAACCCACUUGGAAAGCAGAGAUGUCCCCAGCUGUGAGUUUUGCAUUUUGCUAUACAUUUUAGCAGUCUCUGCUAUAAGGAACUGUCAACACUAAAUGUACAGCAUUGCAGCCAAGGCAGUCUCUGCAGAGCUUCCUGCCAGAAAACUUUAUUCAUUUGAGGAAGACAUCAUUCCUUUUCCAACAGAGAUGAUGUCAUCAGGGAAAAAAAUUUAUAUUUUAUGCACUGGGUCAUUUUUUCCCCCAUAAUGGGGCACUGUGUGACCCAUAAUUGGAAGAAAAUUGGUCAUGAUUUAAGAGAUGACGUACAUCCAGUGUACAGACCAUAUGUUAUGUUCAGGACAUGUCCUCUAAUUCAGCUGUCUCCACAGGUAGGAGCCUGGUGCCAAAUUAGCCACUGCCAUCACCACGUGGCUGAACCCAAUUCAGAAGAAAAUAAAUGUUUACAUCUUAGCUGAAUUCUUUCAGCUUCCUUCACUUUCUCAGUUUAAGACAUAUGGAUUUGUGGCAGUGGUGGGGGACUAGACAUUGUGUAAAGCACUCGAUUAUGCUAAUAAAUUCAUGGUUUAUAUCUGCAAAAGAAUUAAUAUUGAUAAGCAUAUGUUUAUGAGUUUCGUAUUCAGCGGAACCUUCCAGCCAUAUACCUAUGUGCCAGCUCUUUGCAAAAUCAGGAAUCUAGCAGUUUACACAAGCAUUGUAGAAACUGUAAAUAGGUAUGAGUUAAUUUUAAUUUAGGAGGGGAAAUGAGGUAUAAAAAAUGUUCUCCUCAAACUGUUUACUGACCAUAAUAUUCUGCUAUACUGGCUGUGGAGUUCUUUGGUCUGAAUAAUAGCCAUGAAGACGAGAGUGGCUGAGCAGGCAGGAAGAGAAAAAAUCCUGAAGGGGAACAUGAAGCAUGUCUUGUUUUACCCGGAACCUGUAUGAGUCUGUGAGUUUAACAUGUUCAGUUAAGUGUUCUGUAAUUUAAACAACAGAGAGACAGAUCUGCUGUCCCAGAUACCAAAUAACCUUGCUUUCAGCUGAAAUUAGAAUGCAUGAUCAGUCAAACACUGAUUCAAAUGACAGGUUCAGUGAAAAGAUACUUUAAAAAAUUCCCAAUCAGGCCUGCCUAUCAAAAAUGAAUUUUUCUAGUUCAUUUGCAUUAAAAAAUAAACUUCAGUUCAGUAGGGAGGCUGUGUAUUGUCCUUUCAACAGAGAGAAAGAUAUGAACUUACCGCCUCCAGAAGAGAAGUAGAGUCUGACUCUUACCAGAUUUUGUCCUCUUGCCAACUCACCUUUCCUCAUAUAGAGCUUCAGUAGCAUGGUCUUAGCUUCUUUGUCUUUGAGAUUUAAUGCUAACUUCUUUUUUAAAAAAUAAAUAAAUUCAAACCUGCUUUAUUGGGCCUGAAUAGCAAACGAUGAGCUCCCAUUGGAGGGUGUCACUGUAAGGAGAAUGUUUGUGUUUGUGUGAGAGCACUCAGAGUCUCACUGCUCACGCUGGAAGAGUUUCUUGUGACAGAUUAUCUCUGGUGAUAUUUAGCAAGCAGCUCACACGCAACAAAUAAAGGCCAGACACGUGUAAGACUGACUGCUUCUGGCAGCUUCAUAUUAAGAUCCAUUUUGCCAGAUUUGCUUUUGAAGUCUGUGCUCCAAGAAUGAUGCACGAAUACCUGUUCUGAGCUUGUGUCUGUUGUGCUGGAAAUGUUAUUAAAGCAGGUGCAUGCAGCACUUGGGUGCAUGGGUUAAUGUAGACCUGUCAGUGUUGGGGGAAUUCUUGGGCUCAAUGGUCUUAGAGGACUUUUCCAGUCCUUCUCAGACUCUGGAGGGGAUCUGUUGUUGUCUGCUGCUUGUUUAAGUGCAGGGUGUAAAAUUAUUUUUAAAAAUAAUGUUUUUUUCUCUGCAGAGGCCUGACGGUUUCAAGGAGGCCUGUAGUUUACAAGUCAAACUCUCAAAGGGCCCCGGGAAUGAGUGCUGACACUGCUCAUUCAGCACUUCUGCUGCAUUCUAAGAUGGUUUCUCUCACAAUAAAUAUUGCAGGCAACCUUGAGCAUCCUAUGAAAAUCUGUCAAUAGACAUCCUAUUUCUCUGUGCUUGCAUGGAGCUGGUCUGUUUCCAGUUGUGCAGUGUUGUUGUACUGGGCUGAGGGCAGCAAACAGAUUUCUCUUCCAUGUGAUGUCAGGAAUGACACCUGUGCAAGCUCUGGCACAGAAAACCUCUCCUAUUUUUUGUAGAUACCCUUGUACUUUGCUCUUUGGGUCUGCAGCUCUCCUGCUCAUAUGUCUCUCAGGUGCUGCAACUACUGGCCAGUCCUGAUAUAGCAGAGAAUGAUGAGAGGACACAGAAAAUCAAAGACUGACACAAUACAUGGGCUGUUUGAAGCAGCUCAGGCUCACCAUCACUCCAGGAGAAAGAGCUUCUGCUAGGCUCAGGAAUUUGGUGAAUUACUACACAGAUACGAAGAAAAAAAAUUCUUUUGAAUGGAGGGCAGUAAAGGUAGAAAAGCUGAAAGUGUUUUCACCAAAACCUAAGUGAUAUAAGAAUCUGCAAAUUCAGUGUCACACCUCCAGAAAAUCAUAGGAAGCCAAAUUCUACUCUCUGAUAUUUGCUGUUAUUGUAAAAUGACUCCCAGAGCAACUGGGGCAAAUUUCUCUGAGUUUUCAAAGCUAUCAGUAGUAAUCAAACGGUUCAAAUAAUUAAGUAAAUUUUUCUUCUAAUUCUGAACUUAUUGGCCUUGACUAAACUACUGCAUACAAAUCUGCCAGUGUAGUGUUUUUUGGGGUCUCAGCCUGGGAAUUUUGAUGGCCAUACAGCUUUUCCUUUUCCUGAGAGGGUUUUUGGUAUGAAAUGGUACAGUUCCUAUAUGGAAAUAGUCUCACAUAAUGUGAGCUUAUAUGAACUGAUAAUUUAAAGAAUAAAUAUUUGGCCCCAGAGCUGAUGGCUUUGACAACAGGGAAUCAAACUACUUUUUGUGUUUAGCUUGCGGUCCCCUGGUAUGUGUAGUAUUCCCAGUACAGUGCAUCCCACUGAGUUAUUUUUCUAACCUAAAUGUUGGUUUUCUUUCCUUUGUUCUGGAAGACCCUGAAUGAAAAAAUAGUAGAAGAUUGUUUCCAAGGAAGUAUCAGUAUGUCCUUGCCCUCUACCCCUACUUUUCCCUGGGUAAUCUUUGAUCUGACCCGGGGUCCCCACACUAUUUAUAAGCAAGGUGAUAAUGGAAGCAUUUAGCAGGGCUCAGAAACAGAGGUGUGUGAGCUGUGACAGGCACUGAGGCAGGACAUACCAGGAGCUGGAUCCCUAAACCUUCUCUGCAAAGUCAGUUGUGCCUAAAGUGCUGCUCUCCAGCCUGCAGCAGUUCAGGCUGACCAGCUUCAUACCUUAAACACUUGUGUGACUUUUGUUGCUUAAAAAUAGGUAAGGCAAAGCCUGCUUUAGCCAUUGUCUAUCUUGCCCAAAAUUGCUGUAGGUCGUGCUGAGGACUAGCCCUGUCUUUAAGGAUUGUGUUGAAAGGCUUGCACAGUUACCUUUGGCCCUUCUUCACAUAGAGCACCAGUUACAGCUGAAACAAAGUCCAUUAACACUCUCUGUUUGCUGCUCCACACAGCUGGGCUGCUGGCACACUAGAGAAAUUUGCAUACACUGAUUUAACCGUUGGAAAAUCUAUGCACACAAAAAUCUUCUUCUCUUAGACAAUGGAUUUUCCCCCUUCAUUUUGUUGUCAAAAUCCUUUUCCCAUCUGUUAUUGGGGCAAAACAACUUCCUAGUCUGGAUGUUUCAUUCAUGGAUAAAGCUUUCAUUGGAACUUGUUUUAGGGUUGGGGCAGAUUUUGCUCCCAAUGAAAUGAGUGACAAAACUCCCCAUGAGUUGAAUUGAGCCUCUCCUGAAAAUGUGGGGUUUUAAGAGGACUUAUGAUGGCUGUGGACAAGGUCUAAUUGCUCUACCCUUUCAGAAGAGAACUGUGUCUAGUGGAGGAACAAUCAGAAUAUUUGUCUCUUUAAAUGAAUGGUUCUCAGAGCCUGCACUGAGAGGCAGGCUCUCUCUCUGCGGCUGUGAGGCUACUCAGAACCUCCAAUAAAUCAGCAUGCAGGCACUGAGAGCUCUGUCCUUGAAGGGAUGCAUAGUGACCUUGCUCAUGCUUACUCUGGAGGAGUAGGGGAAACAGGGGAGCCCAAAUAGUGAGCAGUGUGGGACUGAAGGCUCUGUAUUCUGCAUGCAAAUUCCACAGCACCGGAGCCACGGCACAGACGGCGUGCUGCUACAGAAUGCAGCUUUCCUGAUAGCCUGACCAGACUGCUGCUGCUGUGUUUCUUUUUUUUCUCUUUUUUCCUGCAGGGUUCUGAAUGAAAUCCUCAUGAUUGUUGCAUGCUUGUUCAAUAAUAGCAAGCCCCAGUCACGUCUCCUUGUGAGCACAUUUGGUCGGAAUCAGUGAGCAGAAGCAGAGAAGAGCUGACGACUAUGUGCUUCCAACGCAGGUUGCCGGAGCCCUGUGUUUGCCAUUGGCUGCAGUUCUCUGGUUUGUGUGCAGCUUCCCCCAUCUGGAAUAUGAAAAUGGGAUUGAAGUAGAUAAUUGCUAGCAGCGGGUUUUCAAGAGAGGCUUAGAGGGAACAGAAUGCCUCUCACACAGCACAGGCUGCCUGUGCUGAGAGAGCUCUGAGAGAUGAUUUUAGAUGUUACCCACGUCUGAAUCUCCUGGAAACUUUGCCAUGGAAGCAAGCCAUUGCACACAGUCCUGGAGCUGACAUCCAAAAGGGGCAAGGAAGGGGCAGCAGAUCCAGACAGUGGGAUACCUUGUCCUUGGAUUGCUCACAGAAAAGCCAGCAGACAUUCCCCUCCACUCCCCUGCAAAAAGGGCAUGAAGGUGGCAAUGAACUGAAUUUUACCCGGUGAAGCUUCAGUGGCUUUUAAGAAGGAUGGGAUACACUGACCCUUCAUCAAGCCGGGAUUUGCUGGGAAACAGAACUUUGUUCUUCAUCUUCAUCUGCGCCUUUGCCGUGGUCACCUUGCUGCAGCAGAUCCUCUACGGGAGAAACUAUCUUAAGAGAGGGCUGCAGUUUAGCUGGCAGAAUGGAGAGGAAUUGGCAAAUUGGACCGGCACCUUUAAUUUCACGGAUGAAGGAGCAAUGAAGAGUGGCAGUGACACAGGCACCAGGUAUUUUGAGUUUUAUGAAGGACCUUUGGAAUACAACUCUACAAAAUGCCUGGAAUUAAGGCAGGACAUCAUUGAGGUGAAGGUCUUAUCAAUGGUGAAACAAACUGAAUUGUUUGACAGAUGGAAGAGCCUACAGAUGUGCAAAUGGGAGAUGAAUGUCACAGAAGCCAAUUUAUUCAAGUCUACUCUGUCAAGGUGUUGCAACGCCCCAUCCUUUCUGUUCACUACCCAGAAAAAUACUCCCUUGGGAACGAAACUGAAAUAUGAAGUGGACACGAGUGGAAUCUUUCAUAUCAACCAAGAAAUCUUCAAAAUGUUUCCAAAGGAUAUGCCGUACCAGCGCUCCCAGUUUAAGAGGUGUGCAGUGGUUGGGAAUGGAGGAAUUCUGAAGAACAGCAGAUGUGGCCGAGAGAUUGACAGUGCAGACUUUGUGUUUCGAUGCAAUUUGCCUCCUAUAUCUGAGAAAUACUUAAUGGACGUUGGGGUGAAGACAGAUGUCGUGACAGUCAAUCCCAGUAUAAUCACUGAGAGAUUCCACAAGCUGGAGAAGUGGAGGAAGCCCUUCUAUGACGUGCUCCAGGUGUAUGAGAACGCCUCCGUGCUGCUGCCGGCCUUCUACAAUACACGCAACACGGAUGUGUCCAUCCGGGUCAAGUACGUCCUGGAUGACUUCGAGUCCCAGCAGGCUGUUUAUUACUUCCACCCCCAGUAUCUCAUCAACGUCUCCCGCUACUGGCUCAGCCAGGGUGUGCGGGCCAAGCGGGUCAGCACCGGGCUGAUCCUGGUGACUGCGGCCCUGGAGCUCUGCGAAGAGGUGCACCUCUUUGGCUUCUGGGCCUUCCCCAUGAACCCCUCAGGGAUUUUUAUAACUCACCACUACUAUGACAACGUGAAGCCUCGCCCCGGCUUCCACGCGAUGCCCUCAGAGAUAUUCAAUUUCCUCCACAUGCACAGCAAGGGGAUCCUGCGGGUUCACACGGGGACCUGCAGCUGACAGGGACACUGCAGAGUGUGGCAGGAGCUCAAUGGCCUGUGUAAGGUGUAGGAGGUUUUGUUUUACCCCGAGAUUAUGCAAUAAUUGUUUGAUAUAAAUUUCCUCAAGGCAUUGCAUCCCAUAAGAUCUAGGACACCAGCAUCUUUCCUGCUAGCAGAGUUGGGUCCACAACAGUGCAGGAGAAGCAAAACUCCUGUGCCCCAGGGUACAUGCUGUCCUGGAAAGCAAGUCAGAUAAGAAGCACAUUUACAAUACAUUUAGGAAUAAAUAGACCACAUUAAUGUAUUUACCAUUUCACUAUGGAGAAAAGCACCAAACUUUUGAGGAAAAACAGAGGUGGAGAAUUUUAGCGUAGAUUAUAUGACUUUACAUAGGUUUCUGAAUUGAGUACUUUGGGGUAUUGCCAGAUAUUAUUGAACACUGUCUCUGGCCUUUAGGUUUUUGAAAAUACUCUUUAGCAUUAUAGCUUAAUGGGGAUAUAUAACUUAAAAUCUUUGUUCCAUAAUGUCACAAAGUGUUGAUCAAAAAUAGCAGAUAGAUGUGUUAGGAAUAAACAAUAACACUUUAUGAUUUUUUUUCAACCAGGAUAGAACAGAAUGUUGAACUCCCAUUGGCAGCAACAGAUAACUGUGUGAAUCAUGUUGUGAUACUGUUUUAGAGAUUUAUUAUUCAUCCUUCUUGCACCUUACAUUUCUGUUCUCCUCUGCUGAUUGUGCUUCCUUUCUCCUUGUCUGUGAUGCUUUCCUUCUGGCUAACACAUGGCAAUACGUGCACUUCCUCCUACAGCCACCAUCUCAGCAUCACAUUGGAGUGCUUGCUGAAGGAACAAGCUCUUUCACAAGGUUUUCUUGAGAUGAAGAGCAAGGGGAUUACGUAGUUAUAUUUUACAUGUUGAUUUUUUUGUUCAGCAUAAGAUAGGGAAAAAACCCAUUUCCUUGUUGAUUUUUGUCAAAGACUUUGUAAAAGUAUCUGAAUGUUGAUUCACUUCUGUGCAGGUUGAGUUAACACUUUCAGGUAUCUGUAAUAUGUUAAUGUCAGGAAAUGAAGUUUAAAUUCAGAGAAGUUAUUUUGUGGCUUAGAUUAUGAUGCUUAUUUUAAAAUUAUGCAUCUUGAGAUGUAAAGCAUCUUAGUGUGGCGUUUUUGUAUAUUGAGAAUGUUAUUAGGAUAGUAAAAGGGCUGGUGGUAUAUUCUUUAAAUGUCAUCAGUGUAGCUCUGUCAGGUAUGCCAAGCCUAAUUUUUACCUGCUACAGCUGACAAAAUCCUGAAGCAGAAAAGAUGGCACAAGUUGCUGGAUUUAUUUUGUAGUAAUAGGAUGCUGGUAUAUGCCCUUUCAUACUGGUAUGGCUGCAUGCAGAGGAGGUAAGGUUUACUGUUCCAGCUGUGCUGGCAUAGUUAAGUGAACAGAGUUUCCCUGUCUAAGUUCUUAGUCUGAAGCACUAGGGCUGUUGCCUUGUCUUGUCUUAUGUAGAUUACAAGGAUUUGAAGUUUAAAGUUCUGUAUGAGGGAUUUUUUUUUUUUUUUUUUUUUUUUUGCAGGGGUGGGGCUGGCGGGGAGAGAGUUAAAAUCCAAAUAUGGACUUGGAGUUUGAUUUUGUAAUGCAUGAAUGCACAAAGCUUCUUUUAAAAGCCUCUGUGCUAUGCUGAGAGCUGUGCAAGUUGCUCACACUACAGAUAAAAUGAUCACAAAGAAAGUGAAGGCACAUUGGUCACCAUUUCAAAAGUCACUGCUGGCCAGCAGUGACCUAGAUGGCACGUGAGAGUGUAUUUUAUUUCGACUAGACUCCUGAGGUUUGAUUGCCUUAGAAGCAACCCAUAACCUUGAUGAAGGUUUCAGAACUCACCUAGGAAACACCGACCAGGGGCAGGUGAAGGACCAGUGCUUAAGCUUACUAUGUAAUUUGUAGUGAUGUGUUUUAGGUCUUAGAGUUACGCUGCAUGUUAUUGAGCAACCCCGUGUAUUGUCUACCUGUGAAAUAGGCAGCACCCCCAUCAACCUGCAGGUGAAAUGGUUUCCUUGAUUCAAUAUGCAAAAGAGAUAUUUGUCUUUGUUAUGUUGUGUAAAUUUGUGUGCAAAGGGCUUUCACAAUGAAGUGCUGUGAUGAAAGUGCUAUUUAGACAGCAAUGUGACACUGCAGGUUGGCCGUCUCGCUGUGCAUUGUUUUAUGAUAACAGUAAUGACACUGAAGCUGGUAUUUAGAGUCCUUACUCCUUAUUCUGCCUGAGUUUGGGCCUAGUAGUGACUUCAGGUUUGCUGCUGCUGCUCUGCUAAGGUUACCUUCUUUAGUAAGAGAUUUUUCUUUACUAUGGUGAUGGAAGUGAACAAAAUCAACUGAAAGGAGUCUGAUACAUUGCAAAAGGCACUUCAAAAAAGAUGGGUAAGCACUUGAGAAGCAUCCAUAUGUUGAUAGAAAUAGUGCAAAUCCCUCCUUUUAGUUGCAAGAAAGCCUUUUGGACAGACAAAAGGAUAAGCAAAACUGCAUUUGCAGUUAAUCUGUAAUUACAGGGUCACAGACAUUUGCUUUCCAUUGUUUGCUUAAUAUAAUAAAUGAACAAUGUAAAUUCACUGUAAUAAGUGCAGUGUUACUGUGUUUAGAUUUUGAUUGCUUAUAAAUCUAUAGCUACUAUAUUUUUUUAAUGAUUUUAAGAAGUGUGUGCAGUUUACUUGCACAUAUGCACCAAAGCCCAGUCUUGCCAUAUUUAUCUGAAAAGAGCCCCCAUUCAUGUGGGUGGGUAAUUUAUUUGUGUAGGGACUGCAGAAACAGAUAUUUCUGUGAAGGUGUACAUAGGUGUACAGUUAGAUAUAAGGAGUGAUUCACAAACCAGAAAGAUAAUUAAUGAAAUUUAUAAAAAUAGUCCUUGAGAUGAAAUACAUGUCACAACAUGUUCACUUUCUGAUACAUUUUUCAGGUAUUGCUCAAAAAAUAAUUGCAAAACGAUGGCAUUUGCCAGAAAUGCCAUAUGUAGAAGGGCUUUUGCAGAAAGAAGGACCCUCCUUGGUUUCUGCCAUGAUUCUUUUGUGCGCUGAGCAUAAGUAAAUAUUCUUUUGACAUCAGUCAUUUGUCUGAGUUUGGGGCUGGCUUUGUUUUUCCUUUUCCCAUGAGGCCUAAGCUCCAAAAGUCCAAUCUUAACCUCUGAACAACGGGAUAUAUGAGUGAUAAGAAGUGACUGUCAGGUGUGUUUGCUGCAAGUAAAGGUUGUGUAUAGCAAGUUGUGCUUUCCCAGAAGAAAGUCUUCAGGCCCCAGAGAAAUCCCCCCACCAAUAAUUCUGACCUAUCUAUGAAGAAAGGCUGUCAGCUGUCUGGUACCGCAUCCUGAGUUUGAGCUGUAAUCUGUGCUCCGGUGCUGAGAAUAUGAAACCUGAGACAGGCAGAGAGAAAAUGUCAUGGCUUAAUCCCCAAUUCUUCACCUUAUUUAGGAGAAUCCCUUAAGAAGUUCCUGAUAUCUGCAUACACUGGCAAUGCAAAUUCAGUUGGAAAUCAUAACUAGGAUUGCUUUGACUUUAUUGUCGGGUCAACAGAGUAGGCUUAUAAAUCUGCUAGUGCUGUCAUCAAAGGGAAGGAAGUAUUUUAGCUGGAACAGUUUGGCUGAUUGCUUUUGAUUUAUGAAAUCCAACUUUACUGUUGGACAGAAUGGCUUCAAUGGCAACAAGGCCAUUAUAAUAUUUUAGCAUAUUUCCUGUGAUUGCAACUGAGUUGUCAAAGCUAGCUCAUGAAUUGCAAAUGGGAAAACCAUGCCAUGACAGCUCCUUCUGCUGCUAUCGCAAGGAGGAGAGGCACCAUGCUGAGCAGGUCUGUGGUCUCCUGGAGAAACAAUGUGAAGGGAAUAUAGGAGACUGCAAGGACAAUACUGCUCCAGGGCCUUUAGUGCCAUGGAAUAUCACGGCAGAGACAAAAGAUGAAGUUUCAAGCUUGCAGCAACCAGGGAUAGCUCCCGAAUCCUUAAAAAAUCCACCUCUUGCAGGCUUGGCUGAUGAUGAAUUAAAGGUGACUUGGGAUGGCCAGAUGUAGUAGAUGGAAGGAAAUAAUCUCCAAGAAUAGUCCCCUCUGUGGGUGUUUGGUGAAUCAGUGGAAGUGCUGCUCGAGCCUUGGAGGCAGGAGCACUGGUGGUGACGCAGCUGUGUGGGUGGGCUGCCCAUGCCCAGCCCUCCCUGGCAGCGAGGAGCAAUCUCUGCUUUGUCUGUGAGGGAAACUGAGGUGGAGAGGUAGGGAAUCUGUCCUUUCUGAUCUUCUGAGGCCAGGUGGCUUGUCCACUUGUGCGCUUGGAUAGUGAACAGGGAGGGCUCUGAAAUGGGCCUUUUUCCUGAUCUCCCUCUCAUUUGAGUGUGCAGAGAACCUUGGAGAUUUUACAAGUAGAGGAAAAAGGAAAUAGAAAAAUUCAGCAUUCUCUAAAGGGCCAGGUUCCCUGGGAAAUUCUGGAGUGAGCUGAGGUUUCAGGAAUAAAGAAGUCAGUAUUUAUGCUUAGGGCCUUUACAAAAUCCAGUGAAGCGUGUGGAAAUUUUGUGUCCUCCAGAAACAGGCUUUGAUCAUGGACAAGAUGAGCAACCUCUUUUCCCCUCCAUCACUUGAUUUCAAAUACACAUUUUAAUGUACUUUAGAUACAGUGAAGCAGCAAUACCAUGUUUUUAAUGGUGUGAGUAAAGAACAAGCUUCUCUGGAAGCAAAAGUGUUGUGAUUGUCACUCUCCCUUCCAGAUUUCAUCAAUUCAUCUUUUCAAACUCAUCUAUGCAAAGUAUUUCAUCAUGGUAGUGUAAAUCCUACAUGAGCCCUCUGUACCUGGCGGUAUGCAUGUGAACCACAGCCCUCAGGAAAAGAGGUUUUUUUUUCUGCUUGCUUUAAAAUACCAGCAUGGAAUUUGUCAGUGAUAUGAAUGUGUUCAAGGCAGGAUACAGCCCACUACCUUUGAAGCCACCACAACAUUCACAUUUGGGUUAAGCAGAAAGAGAAUUCAGGCCUUAUGUCAGUGUUUGUAAGCCAAGCCAAUCUCCCAGAAAACCCUCCCAGAUUAUUAUCAUCAUUUUGUGUCUUGUUAUUAUCCAGUCUAAUGUGGGUGAGCCUGUUUGGCAUCCUGUGUUGUCUGCAUGGUAUUAAAAUAAAAAAGAAAAAAAACCCUGAUUCUAUUCAAAAUUGAAAUUGUACUUAAGUGCUUAAAAAAAAAAAAAAAAACAACAAAAAAACUUAAGGGAAAUCCAAAAGUACAAGAGGCAUAAGUUUGAGGGUCCCAGGCUGUCAGCACCUCCAAUGCUCCCCAAAGCUCUGAGCAUCCAAGAAACAUCAGAAAUGAGGGACUGGGCCACAGUAGGAAGCUUGAAGAAAGACAAAUCUGCCUCAGCACAUCGAGAAUUGAAAGAUGUAAAUAUGUUACCAAUGUGUCUAUUUCUAUUUAGAAGCCAUAGAUGUUCUCAGUGUUUGAUCUUUGGGUAAGCUGAUACACAUUUUUGACUGUACUAAUCACUGUAAAAUGUGUUAGCAUGUAAAACAGUGACAAAUUAAGACAGAAAAAUCAGAUACUGUGUUGGCUGGUUCUCGAAAUGUUUGUUGUAGCUGAAACUGUCUGACGGACCAAGACACUGAAGUAUCUCCAGUGCUCCAUAUGGCUUGUGAAGACUAUGGUUAUUGUCUUCUUAUCAGGAACAGGCAGAAUUAAACCCUAUUUGUUAACAUUGUGUUGGCCAAGUGAUACACACUUACUUAGGUGUGCCUUCGAGCCUGUCCCCUUAGAGAUGAGGGAAGGGAGAAAAAUCCCUUCUCUGUCUGGGAGAGGACAAAAAUUCGGUGACAUUUCCUUCAUUUCUAGGCCCUCCUUGCUCUCAACCAUGAGGUUCCUAAUAAAACCUCUGCAUUGAGCCCAUAUAAAUGGUAUUUAAGAAGUGCUGCCUGUUGAGUAUAUCCCUGAUUUUCACCUGGUGGGAAACAAAUCCUUAUUUUGGGAAUACUGGAGUAAAACUUUGGGUCUUCAUUGUAGGGGAGCUUGGGCUAUGACAAAAAGAAAGCUGUUUCAUGUUUGUUGUUUCUGUAAGGCAGUGAUAGUGAGGGUGGAUAAAUCCAUGCAGAAUCAUGUUGGUUUUACAAUGAUGUUAAUCUCUUGUGUCCUUUGGCUGACUUUUAUUUUGUCAAACUUACACCUUGUGAUUUAGGCUUAUUAUUGUUUCUGUAGCUGUAUUAUGGUUGUGAUAGAAAGCCUAUCAAUUGCUGUAAGCCAUAACUAGAACAGUAAUCAGGGGUCUUUGGGUUUGGUUUUUUUAAUUUUUUUUUUUUUGGUCUGUGUCACUGUGUUUGAAAGAUGAUUUAAUUCUAUUGAAUAAACAAACCACUUUAACAGUU